CCAGAUUUGUCUUCAUUCGUUUACUCUAACGUGUAAGCAUUACUAUUUCUGCCUUUCAAAAUGUCUGAAGUCGCCGCUGAAGCCGCUGCCGCAGCCCCUGCUGUCUCGCCAGCCAAGGCCAAGAAGCCAAGGGCCCCUAAGGGACAGGGCAAGCCAAAGAAGCCAUCGACCCAUCCCCCGGUGAACGAUAUGGUGGUUGCUGCUAUCAAAACCCUGAAGGAACGGAACGGAUCCUCCUUGCAGGCCAUCAAGAAGUACAUUGCUGCCAACUACAAAUGCGAUGUCGCCAAGCUUGCCCCAUUCCUGAAGAAGGCGCUGAAGAAUGGUGUCGAAAAGGGCAAGUUUGUCCAAACCAAGGGAACUGGUGCCUCCGGAUCGUUCAAACUGAAGGCUGAUGCUAAGAAGGCCGCCGGUGAAAAGAAAACAAAGAAGGCCGGUGAGAAGAAACCCAAGAAGGCUGCCGGAGAGAAGAAGAAGGCUGCCAAGAAACCAGCUGGAGAGAAGAAGGCCAAGAAGCCAGCCGGCGAAAAGAAAGCCAAGAAGCCAGCUGCAGCGAAGAAAGCCAAAGCUGCCGGUGCAAAGGCUGCCAAAAAGGCCGGAGGUGUAAAGAAGGCUGCUGCCCCGAAGCAAAAGGCCACCAAACCUUCGAAGACCGCCGCAAAGAAGCCAAAGACCCCAAAACCGAAGAAGGCUGCCCCAGCCAAGAAAGCUGCCGCAAAGAAGACCGCUGCCAAAAAGUAAAGUUAGCAACUUUCGGAAGCACCCGCAACUGUACUGUGAAACAGUAUUCAUUAUCCAAUCAGUCCUUUUCAGGACUACCAAUGAAGAUCAUAUCAAAGAGUUA